UCCCCCAGCUUCUUGGACACCUGACUCUCCCCUCGACGCCCGCCCUGUCAUUGGGAACUUUGAAAUAUCCGCACAUCUAUCUAUCUAUCUCCUCGCAGCCCCUGUAGCUCCGGCAUUGCCCGGCACGGUGACAGGCAGCGAUCGGGGUUCUCUCCUCCCUCCCCCAUCUGUCUGUAGACAGAAGAAGCUCUCCCCUUCUACCUUCAUUCAACAAGGGCACAGGACGCAAGGUGACUCGUGGACGGUGGGUCGGUCCUCUGCCGGGGAACCGUGGCUCACGGCCCCGCACACAGGUGGGGUGAUGAUGAAGCCUUUCCAUUCAACUCCUGCCAUGCUCAAUGUCCCAGCCAAGAACUCCUACAGGAUGGUGGUCCUGGGGGCCUCCAAAGUGGGGAAGUCAUGUAUCGUGUCGCGGUUCCUCAACAGCAGGUACGAGGAGCACUACACUCCCACCAUCGAAGACUUCCACCGCAAGGUUUACAACAUCCGCGGUGACAUCUAUCAGCUCGACAUCCUCGACACAUCCGGCAACCACCCCUUCCCUGCCAUGAGGAGGCUUUCCAUUCUGACAGGGGACGUGUUCAUCUUGGUCUUCAGCCUGGACAGCAGAGGCUCGUUCGAGGAGGUCCAACGGCUGCGCAGGCAGAUCAUUGAGUGCAAGAUGUGUCUGAAGGGCAAGACCGAAGAGGAGAUGGAGAUCCCCAUGGCGCUGUGCGGCAACAAGUCUGAUCGUGCCGAGCUGCACCGGGAGGUGCCGGCUGACGAGGCCGAGCGGCUGGUGGCCUGCGACGCCAACAGCGUCUAUUUCGAGAUCUCGGCCAAGAAGAACUCGAAUGUGGAGGAGAUGUUCCGGGCCCUGUUCAGCAUGGCCAAGCUGCCCCAUGAGAUGAGCCCGGCCCUCCACCGCAAGAUCUCGGUGCAGUACUGCGAGGCGCUGCACCGCAAGUCCUUCCGCCUGAGGCGCGUCAAGGAGGUGGGCGCCUUUGGCAUGGUGUCGCCCCUGGCCCGCAGGCCCAGCAUCAACAGCGACCUGACGUACAUCAAGGAGAAGGUGAUGGGCCGGGGGCAGGCCAGGGAGCGGGAGAAGUGUCUCAUCCAGUGAGCGGCCCCAGGGGUGGGGCAGUCCCGGGCCCACCCGGCUCACGGCCCGCUCCCCUGGCACCCAACCCCCACCCCAUCAGAGACAUCACACACCCAUCAGCGCCAUCAAAGCAGACACACAAUCUACUGGUGAUUUGCAAAAAGCACCUCAGUCCUUUGCUGGAUGUCUGAUUGUUUCUCACUGGGAGCCUGAGGGGGAAGCGACUCAGCCCCGCCCACUGUCCACACCCAGACCCCGCCCCCUAGCGGACCCCAC